CUUGCUGUUGCGUUGAUUCUAUUUGUUGACAAACCUCUCCAGCUUAUGUUUCCCUGGCUAUGACAGUGUCACGGUUGGCAGACAAGAAUUGACACGUCUUUAUUCAGCCUUUCAGGAUCUCGUGCAGUCCCAACGGACACUGUGUUGGGCAUUAUUUACCCGAGCAUACACGAAUAAGAUGGCUCCCAAUAAGAAGCCCGAGUAUGAAUUCGGCGGCCCCCCAGGCGCCACCGCCAUCGUGCUCGGCCUCCCCGUUCUCCUCAACGUCUUCUAUCUCGGCUGCAACGGCGUCUCGGGAUGCCCAGCGCCAGCCCUGCUGCAGCCCAGCACGCUGACCUGGGAGACCCUCAAGGCCCAGAUCCCCUGGCCCGAGGAGGGGAUAUGGGGGUUCGCCAGCUGGGAGGUCACGGGCUGGACGCUGCUGUACUACCUGCUCAGCCUUGUCCUUUACCGCCUGCUACCUGCGAACGAGGUCUACGGCACCAAGCUUCGGGAAUCCGGCCGGCCCCUGCUGUACCGCUUCAACGCGUUCAACGCCUCGGUUGUCCAUCUGGCAGCCUGCGCGGUGGGCACGUAUGUGUACGGGGCUGAUUGGGUGGUGUGGACCUUCAUCACGGAUAACUAUCUGCAGCUUCUGACGGCCAACAUCAUCCUUGCCUAUGCCAUCUCGGUCUAUGUCUACGCUCGGAGCUUCGAGGUGGCCCGUGGAAAUAGCGACCUGCGGGAACUCGCCGUGGGCGGCCACACGGGCAGCUUCAUCUACGACUUUUAUAUCGGGCGCGAGCUGAACCCGCGCGUGACCUUGCCCCUGUUUGGCGAGAUCGACCUCAAGGCAUGGCUCGAGAUGCGGCCUGGCCUCACGGGGUGGAUGCUGCUCGACCUGGCCUUUGUCGCCCAGCAGUACCGCACGUACGGCCGCCUCUCAGACAGCAUCGUCGUCACGGCGGCGGUGCAGACCUUCUACGUGCUGUACGGGCAGUAUGCGGAGCAGCGGCUGCUGCAGAUGAUGGACAUCAUCACGGACGGGCUGGGGUUCAUGCUCACGUUCGGGGACAUCGCGUGGGUGCCCUUCUUAUACUCGACGCAGUGCCGCUACCUGGCCGCCCACCCGGCGCACCUGGGCUGGGCGGGGCUGGCGGCGGCGGGCGUCGUAUUUGGGCUGGGCCUGUACAUUUUCCGGGCCUCGAACCUGCAAAAGAGCGUGUUCAGGGAGCGCCCCGAGGACCCAUCUGUGAGAGGCAUGUCGUACAUCCAGACCAAGCGGGGCACGCGCCUGCUGGCCGGCGGGUGGUGGGGCGUGAGCCGGCACAUCAACUAUUUUGGGGACUGGCUCCAGGCGCUGCCCUUCAGUCUUCCCACCGGCAUGGCGGGAUACGUCAUCCUGCCUGCAGGAAGCGUUGUCGCUGGUGCUGGUGCUGCUGCUGGCGCCGGCGAGUCGGCUAGCGCCAUGCUCGACGGUCGACAAGUCAUCCAAGGAGCCGCGAGGGGCUGGGGGAUGGUGUUCACGUACUUUUACGUCCUGUACUUUGCCAUCCUGCUCAUCCACCGGGAGAGGAGGGACGACAAGGCCUGCUCGGAGAAGUACGGAGAGGACUGGGACGAGUACAGGAGGACGGUGAGGUGGCGGAUCCUGCCGUAUGUGUAUUGAUCAGACAUAGUAUGUAUCCGGGCCGGGAUGACUAUGCGGUCAAAGCCAUGUGGGCAGUCAGGCAAAGCAGCCAGGCAGUCUGUGAGCCUCUCGGUCGGUCUGGCUGCUCAGUGGCUGGCUACCCGUCGGUUCAUGCAUUGUGGCGACCGACAAGGACAAGGACCAAGGACCGAGAAGCCCGGACCGGUUCGCAUCAGGAAGCAAGCAAAGUGCGGAGAAAAUAGAGGAGUGAGCAAGAUGGUAAACUGGGUCGGCCGGGUCACAUAAUGGGCCAGCAGAGACUGCAGCGAAGCGCGGUGCAUUGCAUUGCAUUCGCAUCGCAGUCCACCAGAAUACAUGUGAUGCCGUCAUGGGCAAGCAUACUCCAUAGUAGUACACAGCACAGUCAUACUAUCCACUCCGUAGUAGCGUGGCAGUCAUAGCCCAGCAGAAUACGGAUAGUCUACCCAGCCAUCAUCGUCUCAUCCUCAGCUCUCCUCAGGCCGGACUGCACGCACUGCAGUAGCACAGGCAGCAUGCACGAUGCUUCUUGGCCGGAUCCCUGUGGUCUCCAGCUCACCGUCUCU